CGGUAGGCACUAGCGUCCCUACGGUACCAUGGUAUCGUGAUACCCUAGAGUCCGCCAGAUCAGGCUGGUUUUUUUAAGAUAUGGAGUUCGAAGAGUUCGCCAUCCCUGACGACCAACCAGCCGGGGAGACCGGGGGCUCCGAAGCCAAUCCUGCCAGGACUUUCCCGGUCAAUCCAGAGACCGUGGAAAUCCUGGAUGAAGAUGAGCCCCAAGACAACCGGUCUAAGGGGAAGGAGAAGGAGAAGGCCGGUCGCCGGGUGAAGAAGGUGGCCACCACGCACCCUUCCUAUGCCAGGAAGAGGGCAAGGUCAGACCCUGAGCCGGCCUCCCAGACCAUUGAAGAGGCUUUUGUCAACCUGGGCCUGAGGCUGAAGGAGAAAGGGGAAAUCGGGCCCCAUGCAGUUGAACAGCUGGGGAUGGGAUUUCCUUCGGAGAUUGCCCGGCUAAGGAAGGAAAAAGAGGAGAUGAACCUGAUUUUGAAGAAUCAGGCAGAUGAGUUGAUCCGUCUGUCUAAGUUCAAGAGACCGGGACUCAGUGGAUUCGAAAAUCCUCAAGGAGGAGCCUUAAGACCCAACCGUGGGAGUUUCGCCGUAGACCGACGGCCGACCACCAUGACGCCGCUGCCGCCUGCCGGUGUGAUUUUCAGUGUCCUCUUCGUUGAUUUGUUUAAUUCGUCAAAUAAUCAAGAUAACAGGAACAAUGGAUUAAGAAACAAUCUUAGAGGGCAGUUACAUGGGUAUGGGUGUUACAUUUUGGAAAGGGGAGGAGAAGGGGGCUGCAACCCGGCGGAGGACUGUGUUGCUGCACUAGCACCUCAAUCAAAGGCGUCGCCUUCAACUUCUCCGCCGACUCUCUGCUCCUUAAGUUCUUCUCGCUCAAUGGAUGAUGAGAAGCGGAAGAGGGAAAUGCCGACAAUUCCGCCGUACAUGAAAGCCAUUUCCGGAUCUCUGGGAGGAAUCGUGGAGGCGAGCUGCUUGCAGCCGAUUGACGUGAUCAAGACUAGGCUUCAGCUGGACCGCUCCGGUUCGUACAAGGGGAUCGUCCACUGCGGCUCCGCCGUCAUCAAGCACGAAGGUGUACGGGCUCUGUGGAAGGGGUUGACCCCAUUCGCCACUCAUCUCACGCUCAAAUACGCGCUCCGGAUGGGAUCCAACGCCGUCCUGCAGUCUGCUUUCAAGGAUUCCGAGACGGGGAAUCUCAGUCCGUACGGUAGGGUUCUAUCUGGCUUCGGAGCUGGCGUCCUCGAAGCUCUCCUCAUUGUUACCCCUUUCGAGGUGGUGAAAAUACAGCUACAACAGCAAAGAGGUUUAAGCCCAGAGCUUCUAAAGUACAAGGGGCCUAUACACUGUGCCCGGAUGAUCAUCCGUGAAGAAGGGAUUCGCGGGCUAUGGGCUGGAGCAGCCCCAACUGUGAUGCGAAACGGGACGAACCAGGCAGCCAUGUUCACAGCCAAGAACGCAUUCGACACAGUUUUGUGGAAGAAAGACGAAGGUGAUGGCCGAGUUCUCCAGCCAUGGCAGUCAAUGAUCUCUGGAUUCCUUGCAGGGACGGCGGGCCCUGUAUGUACUGGCCCAUUCGAUGUUGUAAAAACGAGGCUGAUGGCUCAAAACAGAUCAGGGGGUGAUCUGAAGUACAGGGGAAUGUUUCAUGCUAUCUCGACUAUAUACACAGAAGAAGGUUUGUUGGCUUUGUGGAAAGGUUUGGUUCCCCGGCUAAUGAGGAUCCCUCCUGGGCAGGCCAUCAUGUGGGCUGUUGCUGACCAAGUUAUUGGCUUGUAUGAGAGAAGACAUAUGCCACUAUAGGUAUAUAGCUUCCCAUUUUAUUUUCCUCUCAUUUUAUAGCAGUUUUCAGAUCAUUCUUAUGCAAAAGCCUGCAAGCUGUUUGAUCUCACUUUGAUUUCCUAGUUUCAACCGCACUAACAUUGAAUGGCACGGUUCUCUAGUAUCCGGCAAGCAGUAUUCGAGACAAGCCAAGAUUGAGAUUUCUGUGUUUGAGAUUAAAACAAUGAAAAUAAAGUGGUUGA